UUCAGAGACGGGAACACCUCGUUUCGCUUUUCCAACGACUGACUUACCAACCUCAACCAACAUAUUUUGCUUUGGUUUUUUAUACGAUGGAUUGCUCCUGCCGGACAGCGGCAUUGAGGAUUUUUGUCAGGAGCGUCGUCCAAAUCCACGUCCCUGUCCGUACUACAGCGCCACGUGCCACCCAGUACAGAGCUCUCUCGACUCAACCCAACCGGACAUACGCUCAGCGGACAGGCUCCAUACUUGCCACCGCAUCGCGGACCUUGCACACAUCAUGCGUGAGGAGCGGCGCCGCGGAGGCCACGCAGUCCUUCGAAAGAGGAGGUGGACGGGCGAGCCGCCACAACAACCGAGCAGCGAACUCGCACACAUCCGAACCGUCAGCCGGCUAUUCUUUCGGAUCUCCAUCCCCGAACGCUCAUACCAGACCAACAACACGGCCUCGUACAUAUCGGUCUAAUGGUGGCGACUCCGGCGGCCGUGGACAGCGAUACAAACCAGCGGGGGGCACCGAGCGAGAAACGAGGCGGUCCAGGCCAAAAUCGAACGCCGGUAGUGGCGACUGGGCUAAACCCAAUACCAAAGAAACCUGGAUGGUCCAGAAGUCGGCACUGGAAAAGAAGUUCCCAGAAGGCUGGAACCCGCGCAAGAAGCUGUCGCCCGACGCGCUGGGGGGCAUCCGGAUGCUGCACAAGCAGUUCCCCGACGAGUACACGACCGAGGUGCUGGCGCAAAAGUUCGAGGUGUCGCCCGAGGCGAUCCGCAGGAUCCUCAGGUCGAACUGGACGGCGGACCCCGAGAAGGAGGCCGAGCGGCAGGAGCGGUGGUUCAACCGCGGCAAGAAGGUCUGGACGCAGUGGGCGGCGCUGGGCAAGAAGCCGCCCAGGAAGUGGCGCGCCGAGGGUAUCGUCCGCGACCCCAUCUGGAAUAAGCCGAGGGGGCCGAACCACAAGGACAAGAACGCUCGCGCCGAGGCGCAGCGGAGGCUUGCGAAGAGGGGGUUUAUGGGGGGGUAUAUGAGGGGAUGACCGGUCGGCAAAAGACGAGGGGUGUGCGGAGUAUGGCAUACGACGAACGCAAACUCAACUACGGCCCUGACGGCAGCGUGUUAAUACUGUAUUA